CCUCGGGCAGCUUUGGGGGCGCUGCCUCUUUUUGUAAAAGCCUCCUACCCAGGUCAGCACAAAGCCUCUCUCGAUCGGCCCUCGAGCCACCAGUGCUGAACACGCGCUUUGUAUUUUAUUUGUGCUUUCUUUUCUCCCGGGAGGCGUGCAUCUUAGAAGCGCCUGCAAUUGAAGCGGGGCUUUCAGGGAGCAAUUCAGAGCAAGUUCUGUUGGUUCUGCGAAAUGUUCCUAAAAGUUAAGGCCCGCCCCGGCAGAAGCAGUCAUUUGACUGGAAGGAGCAGCACCAAAAAGCCACGGGCACGUUUGGGGUGGAGUCGAUGCGGUAAUAAAUACGAGGAGCCAGUAGUUCUAGCUACAGGAGCCUCUUCGGAGGCCUCGUUUCCCGCCCACAGGGUCGCAGCACUACACGGCGCAGACCCCUGCGCGGCCUCGCCCGGUGUGUUCUCCUUCGGCGCCCCAAGGGCGCGCAAACUCCCUGAGCCCCUGUAAGCAGCAUGUCGACGAGGGCUGAUCCGCCAAGGGGGCGGGGACAAGCGAAAACGGCAGGCGAGGCAGCCAAUCGAAGCGCGGGAUCGGCCGGCGGCGAUUUGGCGGUCCAAUGGGCUCUGCGGAGGGCCUGGCCGAGCGGAGGAAGCGCGGGGGCGACAAAGGGCUUUGUGGUGGCAAUCGAGAUUGUCGGGGCGCGGGCCGCGUGGCCCGGUGGCGCCGCUACUGUCUUCGGAAAGUUCAUCGGCAAGACGCUUCCCGCCAGCGUCAUCUACGAGGACGAGGGGAAUGAGGAGCGCCUUGUGUUCCAUGAGCUUUCACCCCAAGCUCCGACGCUUUUCCUAGUCAUGCCUAAGGAGGCAAUGAUCAGGUUAUCUGAAGCAGAAGAUCCUGGUGAAUCUCUUCUCGGGCGUUUAAUGAUUGUUGGCAAGAAGCGUGCUGCUCACCUGGGCCCGCCUGAUGGAUUCCGGACGGUUGCGGGUGAAGGGCCAGAGGGUGGGCAGUCUGUCCAUCACGUGCACCUACAUAUUCUGGGUGGCCGUCAGUUGGGCUGGCCGCCUGGCUAAGGCUUUUGUCCCCCAAGAGUUGCUGCACGUGUACAAAUCAUCACUGGAUGGAUUUUUUUCUGUUGCCCGUCAGUCUAGCCACUGUUGGUGUCUAAUUUCUCGUGAGGCGUGUCUGUGGAAGGUAAUAAAAGCUUUGAGCGGCAGUUGCACAAUAAAGAUUUAGCAUGGGGAUAUCAUCUCUGUCUUGUGCAUCUUACUGAGGGGAAAUAGUUCUGCAAGGUAAAACGGUGUCUCCCCGGAGCGUAAGCAUGUGGAAUGUUUCGGUCUGUUAACAGUGUUGCGUAGAUAGAUAGUGAUUUGCCCAGUCAUUUGAAGCGUGACAGGGGAACCGCACAGCAGUCUCCUGCGUCUUGUUGGGUGCAAUCUCUUAGCUUUUUGGGAAGUGGGAUGCAAGUGUGCAUACAGCCAGUGUAGGCUGCUGCUGAACCUCUAGAGAAGACUGUAUGCGACGCUAGAGGCAGGCCGGCCGUACAAGGGCGGUUUCAUCACGGUGCAGUGUGCUGGGAGCAUCCGAUUCCUGUUGGAGCACUCGAUGAAUGGCUGUGUAGUAAGGCCCCGUUGAUAUCCCUUUUCUGGUGAGGAGGGGUAUAUAUGGUAGGAGAAAACAAUUGGCCUGAAUGGCAGCUUUGCUGCUUCCAUAGCACAGUGGACAGUUGUGGAAUUUGUCAGUUUGGGUCAGCUGUCCUGGCUCUGUCCCCUCCCAACGUCUUGCCCACCCCCGGCUUACCGGAUGCUGGGGGAAAGGGUGGUUGGAGAGACAGCCUCCAUGCUGUGGGAGCACUGCUCAGCAGUAGCCAAAACACUGCUGUGUUAUCAAAGCCCUUCUAGCUACAACUACCAAGCGCAGCACUAUGAGGGCUGCUACGGGGAAAGUUGCCGCCGUCCCCGCCAGACCCAAACCAAAAGUACAUGACAGGGAGACGGCAAACUUCAUCUUUCUUUUUUUCUUUUCGGUGAUCAG